GCAGCUUAAGGGGAUAGCCAUUUGAUCGGUGUGCCUUUGUUUUAUUUGUCCUUUCCUCUCUGACAGUUUUCUUUCUCAGGUCAUUCCAUGGUUUUCAUUGCCCCUUUAGAGCUCUACCCCUCUCGGCUUUUCCUCCCGAACCCCGCUCGCCCGUUGCUCUUGGCGAAAAGCGCCGCCACGCCUGGGUCUCUGGAAGACUUGUCAAUGUUUCAGUUACCCACCCUCAACUUCUCUCCGGAGCAAGUGGCGAGCGUCUGCGAGACGCUGGAGGAAACCGGCGAUGUCGAGCGGCUGGGACGCUUCCUGUGGUCUCUGCCAGUGGCGCCCGGGGCGUGCGAAGCGAUCAACAGGCACGAGUCCAUCCUUCGCGCCCGCGCCGUGGUCGCCUUCCACACGGGGAGUUUCAGGGACCUCUACCACAUUCUGGAGCACCACAAGUUCACCAAGGACUCCCACGGAAAGCUGCAAGCCAUGUGGCUGGAAGCGCACUACCAGGAGGCCGAGAAGCUGCGCGGCCGCCCUUUGGGACCGGUCGAUAAGUACAGGGUGCGGAAGAAGUUUCCUCUCCCCAAUACCAUAUGGGACGGCGAGCAGAAGAGCCACUGUUUCAAAGAGCGGACGCGCGGCCUUUUGAGGGAAUGGUACCUUCAGGACCCCUACCCAAAUCCGAGCAAGAAAAGGGAACUGGCCCGCGCGACUGGACUCACUCCUACCCAAGUGGGGAACUGGUUUAAAAACCGGAGGCAACGAGACAGAGCCGCAGCAGCAAAAAACAGGUUCCAGCACCACGCGAUUGGACAGAGUGGGAUGCGAUCUCACUCAGAGACUCGUAGCACGCCACAUGGUUCCGGGGAAUCGCCGCCAGCAGUGGCCAGUCCGACCGCCAGCUUUUCGAGUAUGACGGAUCGGAUCGAAACUGGCACCUCUGUUCUUUCAGAAACAUCCAGUGACUCGGAAUUUGAUAUAUAA